GCGCCAUAAAAUUCCCAGGAAAAACUUCUGCGCUCCAAAUGAAACACUGUAAAAAAUGCAUGUAUUUUUGUGAUAUUGGGGAUAACAUUAAAUAUAGUAUACUUAAAAUAGUGCUUUAUAUGUCCAUAUAAGCUCUGUAUCAAUUAUGCCCCUCUUACAGUCACUAUGUAUUCACUCACACAUCUUUAUGAUUAAAUCUAAAAGUGGCUGAUAGAUCAAUGGUGUCACAUGUGUUCUUGAACAUUGAACUUUGGCCUGCAGAUUCUUGGCACCAAAGAGGUUUCUUACUGGCUAGCGGCACCAAAAGACUCCACCCCAAUUUGUUCAGCAGAGCCAGUGAGGGUAUAUGAUAGUGUACCUUCACCUUGUGCUUUCUCCACCGGCAAAUGUGCACUCAGAGUACUAAGAAGCAGUCGUGAUGAACAGAGUCUGGUCCAUGUUCAGGUCCCAUACUUACGUCACCAACGUGAUAGGAUACACGGCCUUAUUCGCCACUGCAGACCUCAUCCAACAGAGUGUGCUUGACCAGAAGCGAGUAGGUGCAGAUAUCACACCGUCAGGUCAACAUCAACGGAUUGCAAAUGAAGCAAGUGAGAGCAGAAACGUAACACCAGACAUAAAAUUAAAGCAGAAGACGGAUUCCUCACCUGAACCGCAAAAAGGACUGGAGUCAGAACAGAGUGAAACUGGUAAUCUUGGAAAGGCAAACCUAAUCUCAAAGGAGAUUGAAUCCUCAUCAAAAAUGAAAUCUGGGACGUGGUCUGGUGUUAACUGGGACCAGACGGCCCGGGUGGCUCUUGUUGGAUUUUCUUUUCAUGCCAAUUUCAACUACCAUUGGCUGAAAGGCUUGGAAAGGAUGCUGCCUGGGACAGCAGUCAAAAGGGUAUCAGUGAAAGUGCUGCUAGAUCAAGUGAUUGCAGCUCCUGCAACAAUCACUGUCUUCUACAUUGGGCUGAGUGCCUUGGAGGGAAGACAGGAGCUGUUUGAAGACUGGCGAGAGAAGUUCUGGACUUCCUACAAGACUGGAGUGGUUUACUGGUCCACAAUGCAGGUAGUGAACUUCUCCUUGGUCCCACCAGUGGCACGGACAGUGUUUGUAGGAGGUGUCGCCCUCAUCUGGACAGUUUUUCUCUGUCAUUUUCGACAGCAAAGAGGCUGAAUGCUGACAUUUGUGGACCCCAUUCCUGUCUGAGCUCUUCAUUAAUACUCCUUUAUUCAUUUUUAGUUAAGACAAUUCUAUCAUAUUGUGUGUUUAAAUAUAUACCUUGUGGCAAAACAUUAAUUGUAGAAUCAUUUCAUUAAAGUGAAUUUGUAGUAUAAUACUAACAUAUGCUAACAUGUCUAUUUGUCCAUCUUUUAAGUGCUUAUGCUCAUCAGGGUUGUCAUUGGGCUUGGAGUGUACCGUACGGAGCAUAGGGCACAGGGCUGGGGGACACACCACACGGGAAAGCAGUCCAUUGCAAAACAUACCCGCUCACACAUUAUGGGGAAUUUCAAGCCAACAGUCCACUUAACCACACAUUUGGAUUUAAGAAGAAACGCACAUA